CCGGGAAUGGACGUUCCCGAACCCGGUUUAUAUUUAGCAUUCUUCGAAAGUAACUUCGAGAUUUGUUAACUAAAUUAAAAAUACACCCACCUUUUGUUUUCGCUCGCAGUGUUUAAAUGAACAGUGUUGCAAUAAUUUUCAUUUUUCAAUGUUAGUUUAAUAUUAUUUAUGUUUGAAAAGUUUCGUCAAAAACGCAUUUAACUUAAGCUUCUUCGUUUAUACAUAAAAAUGCUAGUCAAUGUAUAGCAAAUAUGACUAGAAAACGAAGUACAUAAAGGUGACAGAUAUCAGAGUAAAGUAGGCGAUUUAUGUGGAAGUUAUAGAAAUUGUAACCAUGUGUAAGGGAGUGAAGGCUGUCGAUUGGGAGACUGAAACGCUUAUGGGCUCACCGCCUCCGGUGUCGAAAUGGGAACGAUUUAUUCCACGUGCAGCGUUGUCUCAUAUUGGGCUUUUUGUGGCACUAAUGCUAUAUACUGCUGGGGGAGGAUUGGUUUUUCGCGCUCUCGAGUAUCCAGCUGAAUUAGCAAAACAAGAAUACCUCAGGGAUCGUAUACUUACCGAAAGGUGGAACCUUAUACGUGUGGUUGCUGAUUAUAAUAUAAACGGAACUGAAGAUGUUAGUUUAGAAAAAGUUCUUAGUGAUCACCUAGCUAUUUAUGAAAGGAUUUUAGAAGGUGCAUCUGGUAGCGGCAUUGCAUUAGACAUAGAGAAUAAUUUCCCUCCAUUAGAAGAGAAAUGGAGUAUAUUGCAAGCGGUUUUCUUCUCGUCGACCGUGCUCACCACAAUAGGAUAUGGCAACAUAGUACCAGAAACAUUUUGGGGGAGAUUGUUCUGUAUCGCAUACGCCCUUAUUGGUAUUCCAUUAACGUUGACUGUGAUAGCCGAUCUUGGCAGAGUGUUUGCAACAGUUGUGUCUGUUAUGGCUAAACAAAUGCCUACAAUGCCGAAAUGGUGUAACCGACUGUCAGAAUCUAAUCCGGCGGGCCAGAGAUCUCUGUACGCGUUUUGGGCUGUGUGCUUCCUGUUCGUGUACUUGUCGGCCGGAGCCGGGUUAUUCAAGAUGUGGGAGGACGACUGGACUUUCUAUGAUGGAUUCUAUUUUUGUUUUAUCACGAUGACUACCAUUGGAUUUGGAGAUCUCGUUCCAAAAAGGCCGAAAUACAUGUUACUGUGCACCCUAUACAUUUUAAUUGGGCUGGCGCUAACUUCGACCAUUAUCGAGCUGGUCCGCAGACAGUAUGCCAGAUCUUGGCAACAACUGCGGGCACUAUCCGGGCCACUGGCAGACACAUUACGAAGAAUAGGCGACGCCGGACGAGGAGUCGACGUGUCUGCUCUACAUAACGACCUUAGGAAGGUCCUGACUGUCGUCACCAUGCCCAGGCUGGGUCGCGACGGUAUGGGCGAGAAACGUCAACUGGAAUGGGAGGCAGCCGUGGAAGCCGUCAUCAGGGACAUCACUAGCCCCAUAUCGCCGCAGCCAAAACCGCCUAUAGUUCAAAUUGUGAUAUACGAGUCGUCUGUGUAACUCGAUCUAGUUUUAUAUAAACUUUAUGAAAUCCUUUACAAUAAUUCUGCAAUGGAGUUCGUUUUAAUGAUUUUAAUGGGCGACUAAUACAGCUUAUUUUGGUUUUUAAAAUCCAAUUCUAUAAUGAUCGGCAUAAUUUUAAAAUAUCGUGCUUCGGAAGGACCAAUAAAAUGCACUUACAAAGUGGACAUCAUUAAAUCUUCAGCAGUGAAUAGACACAUUUGGCAAGCGCUUUCUGUCUGAAUCACCGCCUUUAUUUUUUGAUCGAUCGCUUGAAACUCCCAUAAUAGAGUCUCUGCACCAGCCACUGAGAGAGUUACAUUGCCAAAAAAGCAAAGUGAGGCAAGUAUGCCUUUUUUAUUACAAUAAGUAAUUAAACUAAAAAACUAACUUAAAAUUAUAGAUAUGUAAGUGAGAGAGUGCGCUCAGGAACUGUUCGAUCUUGUGCCACCUUCGCUGUUCUACCACAGUACUGCUAGGCAUUGCAGAGAUCUGCACCGCUACCUCGUCGAUAUUCCUCAAACGCGUACUAAGUGGUUUAGUUCCUCUUUCCUUAUACGCACUGCAAAUAUGUGGAAUGCUCUUUCAGCUUCAGUUUUCCCCACCACCUACAAUAUGGUUAUCUUAAAGUCAAGAGUGAUUAGGUAUAUUCUAGGCAAGCGCGUUCCACCAUAGCAUCUGCAUAAUCGCUUACCACCAGGCAUGAUUGCAGCUAAGCGCUUGCUUAUACAAAAAAAAUGUUAUCCAUUUUUAGCAGAAUCAGAAGUAAAAUAAGAAAGCCAAUGUCGAACAAAGGUUAUGAUUCGCAACAUUUGUCAGGACAACUUAAUUAAAAACUGUAACUAAAAUAAGAUCCUAGAAUGGCAAAGAAUGUAGUCAAUCUUAAGUAGAGUCACGCACUUGUGAACGUUGUGUGUAGGGUUAAAAGAUCUUGAGAUUGACUGUUAACAAACAAACUCCCCUUUUCCAUUCAAGUCCCUACCCCCGCCUAUCCCAAGUAACCCGUGAAGAAUUACACAACAAGAAAUGUGGACGGCUCGAACGCCACGAGUAUACCGAAGCCAACCGCACGACGAGUGCCUUAUAUCGCAAGUCAUCCCCGCCAACCGAUCUGUACCCCUCUCUAACUCCCCACUCUUUACAGAAACAAGUCGCGCCACCUGACGUCAUAUCCGUCUCAGACUACUAUUUCCUACAUUAUAUUAUUCCUUUAGUUCAUUAUAUUUAUAUAGGUGUGGCCAAAAAUACGUCUUUCACGGGCCGUGGCUUGCGGUCCACCGGAUGUGACAGUCAGUUGGCUGAUUUCUGUAGAUUGAUUUAUGACUCUUUGAUGUUUGGCAUUUAAAAUUAAUUUUGUUUAUAUAGUUAAUACAUUUGAAUAUUGUCUGUAUUGUAUUCAUAUCAGGUUACGAAUUA